CCAAGCCAGACCUGUGGUUUCCAGCGCUUACUUUCUCCUACUUUGAAGAUAUAAAAGCAGGAACCAGGACAGGAACACACCAGAAGCUCACCCCAGGCUGCACCACAGGCAAAAUGCAGGCCCUACUAUUCCUGAUGGCUCUUCUCUUGCCUUCUGGAGCUGCAGCUGAGGAGAUUGUUGGUGGUGUGGAGUCUAUUCCUCACUCCCGCCCUUACAUGGCCCAUCUGAAGAUCACCACUGAGAAAGGUUAUGUCACCUUCUGUGGUGGGUUUCUCAUAAGCCGUCAAUUUGUGCUGACUGCUGCACACUGUAAUGGAAGAGAAAUCACAGUCACCCUUGGAGCCCAUGACGUGAGCAAGCGAGAAUCCACACAGCAGAAGAUAAAAGUCGAAAAGCAAAUCAUUCACAAAAAUUACAACUUCUUUUCCAAUAUUCAUGACAUCAUGUUAUUGAAGCUUGAAAAACAUGUUGAGUUGACUCAUGCCAUGGAUGUAGUUCCCCUGCCUAGUCCUUCUGACUUUAUAGACCCUGGGACCAUGUGCCAGGCAGCUGGAUGGGGGCAAACUGGAGUGACAGAUCCUGCCUCAUAUACAUAUACAUUGAGAGAAGUUGAAUUGAGAAUCAUGGAUGUAGAGGCCUGUAAAAUCUUUAGUGAUUAUGACUAUAAUUUCCAGAUGUGUGUGGGCAGUCCUGGAAGGAAGAGAUCACCAUAUGAGGGAGACUCCGGGGGGCCACUACUGUGUGCUGGUGUGGCCCAUGGUAUUGUAUCUCAUGGACGAGAAGAUGCAAAGCCCCCUGCAGUCUUCACCCUAAUCUCCCCAUAUGUGCCCUGGAUUAAUACAGUCCUAAGCACAAGUAGCUGAAAGGCCUGACCUGCAUGAGUCAGACUCUCCAAGCCUGAGCUCAUCUGGUACACUUUGGGUUCAACAGAGCCUGUCCCAAACAGUCUCUAGACUGUCCCCAGCUGUCUCUUAGACAAUCUCAAAGAUACAAAAGUCUGUGAUGGUUGAUUGUUCCCUGUAAAGCAUCUCAAUAAAAACAACUUCCAACAGCUGUGUGACUCAACUCUGGGUUCUAAUCACUCUGCCCCUCUCUAAACACAACGAAGAAAUGACUUGAGUUACUAUCUUGCUAUGCUAACCAUCUUGAAUAAUCGACUUUCAGGCAAAGGUGUACCACAGUGGAUUAAUGAAUAUUAUCUAACAUGCAUGGCUGUGUACAGAAAGAUUUCAUAUCCAGGAUAAUGUACACUGUUCUGUUCUUCUCCUCCACUCUUCUGUCUUCUUAUUG